AUGACAGAUUUUAAGAAGAAGGAUUUCUUUGGAAAAACCACUGCAGGGAUGUACACAGUAGAAUUCCAAAAAAGAGGAUUACCUAAUGCCCAUAUACUUUUGUGGUUGGAUGGAGAAUGCAAAUUGAAAAAUGUAGCUGAUAUUGAUAAAGUAAUAUCAGCUGAAUUGCCCAAUGCGAAUUUGUACUCCAAAUUGGAAAAAGUUGUUUCAAGUUACAUGAUUCAUGGGCCAUGCGGACCUGCAAGAUAUAAUUCUCCGUGCAUGAAAGAAGGAUAUCCUUCCCACAAAAGACUUGAUAAUGGUAGAUUUGUUGAGAAGAAUGGAAUUAAGCUUGACAAUAGAAGUGUUGUUCCUUACAAUCCACCUCUUCUAAUGAGGUAUCAAGCUCAUGUAAAUACAGAGUAUUGCAACAAGACCAAUUCAAUCAAGUAUUUCUUCAAAUAUGUCAGCAAAGGUCCUGACAAAGCUACCCUUAAAAUAAACAACAACUCUGCAGAAUCUGACAAAUCAAUCAUUAUUGAUGAGAUUAAGAGGUAUUACGAUUGUAGGUAUUUAUCACCAUGUGAAGCAGCUUGGCGAAUAUUUGCUUUUGACAUCCAUCACAGAUGGCCUCCUGUUCAAAGAUUGACAUUCCAUCUUCCUGGCCAACAAUCUGCUUUGUUUAAAGAUGAUGAUGAUAUUAAUGUGGUGUUCAACAGAUACGAAAAUGCUAACACAAUGUUUCUAGCUUGGUUUGAGGCUAACAAAAUUUAUACAGAAGGAAAAGAAUUGACUUAUUCUAAAUUUCCAAGCAAAUUUGUGUGCAUAAAGACCAUUGAUGGUAAAUUUUAUGAAACCUACCAAGAAGCUUGCUAUGCGUUGGGAUUGUUGGCUGACGACAAAGAAUAUAUUGAUGCAAUCAAAGAAGCGAGCGAAUUUGCUUCUGCCUAUCAACUUAGAAGAUUAUUUGUCACUUUGUUGUCCAUGAAUACAAUUUCUAAACCUGAUGUAGUUUGGAAUUCUACUUGGAGACUCUUAUGUCUUCAAAUUGCAGAUGCUGAAUUACAGAAAAUUUGUCUGCUUGAAAUAAAAGAAAUGCUAAUGUCAAAUGGUAGAUAUUUGAAAGAUUAUCCUUCAUUACUGCAACUUGAUAUUUCAGAUCUAAAUACAUUUCAGAAUAGAUUUAUUGUUGAUGAGCUGCAAUAUAAUAAAGAAGACAUGGCCAAAGAACAUGACAUUUUCUUUAAAGAACUCAAUGAUGAACAAGUAUAG